GCCAAAAUCAGUUUGGGGGAAAGGGUUUUGCUUUCUCUUCAGUUUUUGAUUUUGAUUUUGCUUUUGUUUUUGAUUUUGAUGAGAGAUAUGAAACGGCGACACUGUGAGAAAGUUUUGAUUCGUAUUCAUAGUAUUGGUACACCUUUGGUUUCUGGGUCUUCUGGUUUACCCGUAGAGUUAGUUCACAUUGAAUCAGAUCGGCCGUACACAAUUGGUCGGAGUAGUAGUAGUGGUGAUGAUGGGUUUCCCGAUUUCGUCAUUGAUAACGGCGGUAUUAGUAGAAAGCACUGUCAGAUUCUAUUCGAUAGCCAAAGUCGCAAACUUUACAUUUUUGACGGCGUGAUUCUCUUGCCUUCGGUUGGUUUUAGUCAAGUUAUUGAAGAGUUUAGGAGAAGAUUAGUUUGUGCUGAGGAUUUAGGGAGUUUGAAGUUUAGGGCUUCUUUGAAUGGUGUGUAUGUUAAUCGUGUUAGGAUUAGGAAAGCUAAAGUUGAAGAGAUUUGUGUUGGUGAUGAGGUAUUGUUUGUUUGUGGUAAAGAAGGUUUGUGCAAUAAGCAUUGUCGAGUUGGGUUUGUGGUUCAGGGGAUUGAGUUUGAAGGAAGGGAUACUUUGAUUGUUGAAGAUAGAUUUGCAAUGAUUGGAGUGUCGGUUUCUUCAGGACAUUCUCGAGGAACGUUUUCUAGUGGGAAGAGAAGCAAAAGGGUUUUUGCGCCGAUAGAAAACGAGAUUAAUUCUCAGUUUUGUCCACCUAAAUCUGCUGUUAGCGUUGUUGGUAGGUUGAAUUCUCUUGUAAGCUAUUGUAGACAUAUAUUAAGAAGUGAUGAUCCUGUAUCUUGCCUUAUAUCAGAUUCUGUAAAGGAAUGCUUAUCAUGUUGUGCAUCCAAAAUGUUAAGGUCAAAGGUAGAUGUUAUGGCCGAUAAUAGAGAAGUCAAGAGUGCCGAGACUAAUCAUGAGAUGGAUCAUGGUUUGUCCGGUUUAAGGGUGAGGGAUGGACUGCCAAGCCCGCAAUCACAUCUAGGUAGAAGACUUGGUGUGUCAAACUUGAUAAGCGAAGUAGAAAGUUAUGGUGCUGAUUGUAUUUUGGUCAGUGACAAGACUAAGACUAGUCUUCCGUUUGAUGGAGAUAAAGAAAACGCUCCCGAGAUUAGUUGCACGGGGAAGGAGAAAAGUUAUCAAAGUUCUCUACAAGCACCUGGGAAGAACUUUUAUCUAAACCGUCUUCAAUAUAUUGAACAAAGCUCAACUGGUUGUCAACGGGUGGUGUCCUUGCCUGAACUUCUUCACCCUGUGGAAACCAUUUCACAAAUCUUUAUUGCAACAUUUACAAGUGAUGUCUUAUGGUUUCUUUCCUGUUGUGAGAUACCUAGCCACUUGCCGGUGACUAUUGCAUGUCACAAUGCUGAGAGAUGUUGGAGUUCAAACUCUGAUGCAAGAACUGCUGCUCCUUUGCCAAACUACCCAAAUGUAACUAUGGUGUUUCCACCAUUUCCUGAGGAAAUUGCAUUUGGGAAAGACCGCAAGAACCGUGGCAUUGCUUGUCAUCACCCCAAGCUAUUUAUUUUGCAAAGAGAAGAUAGCAUCCGUGUAAUUAUUACAUCUGCAAACUUGGUAGCAAGACAGUGGGAUGACGUGACCAACACAGUUUGGUGGCAAGAUUUUCCACGAAGAGCUGAACCUGAUAUUUUAUCCCUUUUCGGACCUUGUCGAAGAAAAACCAAUAUUGGUUUUAGGUCAGAUUUUAGUGCUCAGCUGGCUGGAUUUGCUGCAUCACUUUUGAUUGAUGUUCCAAGUCAAGCCCAUUGGAUUCUCGAGUUCACGAAGUACAACUUUGAAAACUCAGCAGGUCACCUUGUGGCUUCAGUGCCUGGAAUUCAUUCUUAUAAGCCAUCUUAUCUUACAGAAUCUGUUUGCUCAAAUACUAUUUACAGUGAAGAAUUUGUGGGAUCUGUUGAAGCAUCUGUCGUAGGUCUCAGUUACCUUUUCCGCUCUGCCAAUGAUUCCACAGGAGCACAACUGAAACGACUGGCGUCAUAUAUCUCCAGAACCCGGGAAACUUCUUUCGGAAUGUUGGAACUUGUUUUGAGAAGAAAUACGAAUGUUCCUGCUGACGCGAAUGCUGUGAGCGUCCUUGUUUCUAACCCUGAUGAUGAUUCAAGAGACGAUUUUGUCCAACUAGGCUUUUUGCCACGGAAUAUCGCAAAAUGGGUUUCUCCUUUGUGGGAUAUUGGCUUCUUUAAAUUUGUGGGGUAUGUGUAUCGGGAUGAAGUCCUUGGAGCUGCUUCUUGUAGGAGCAACCAGAAGGUGCAACUAAUGCUACAUGUAUUACAGGGAGUGACCAUUUCAGAUGUGUCAAAGUUGGUUCAACCUAAUCACGUUGUUGCAUUGUGCUCGUUGAUCGCUUCAAUUCAGAGGUGUACUGGCAUUUGGAGGCUACAAGAGGUGUUAGGCCGUUACAAGUGGCCUGAAUCUCAGGAAUCUGAUUUCGUAUACAGUGCAUCCUCCAUUGGAGGCUCAGCAACUGCAGGAUUUCAAGCUGAUUUUUCAUCAGCUGCGGGUAAAAAAGCGUUACAGAAUUUUGACUCCCAAGAGUCUGAUCCAGAGUGGGGUUGCUGGAGUAAUAAGGAAGAACGGGAAGCUCCUUCCAUUAAAAUCAUCUUCCCUACCAUUGAAAGAGUCAAGAAUGGCCAUCGUGGUGUCUUGUCUUCAAAAUGUCUGCUUUGCUUCUCCGAGAAAACGUGGCAAAAGUUGAGACAUAACAAUGUGCUUCACGAUGCAGUUCCUAAUCCUCAAGAUAGAGUUGGACACCCGAUGCAUAUCAAGGUGGCUAGGAGACUUUUCACCUCCACAAGAGGCUCACGGUCUUCUUCGUUUGGUUGGGUUUACUGCGGCUCACAUAAUUUCAGUGCAGCUGCAUGGGGACAGACCAUUUCCAAAUCCUCCAGAAACAACCAGGACCAGUCCCACAAUGCCAUCAAACCGGUCAGUAAACUUCGUGUAUGCAACUACGACCUCGGGAUUGUAUUCGUUUUCCCUCAACCUCAUGAAGAUAUUGACUCAUGCGACGGGUCUAAGAUCAACGAUAUUGUGCUGCCGUUUGUUGUACCGGCUCCAAAAUAUGGAUGGAGUGAUAAACCGGCUACAGGUUUGGCAAUGAAGGAAGCUUUUGCUGAGUUUAGGGAAAGCUCUAGAAGUUUGUGUGGAGAAACUGAAGUUGAGGAGGAAGUGGAAGAAGAAGAAGAAGAGGAAGAAGAAGCUGAAACUGAAGUUGGAGAAAGAGUAGAGUUCGUUGGAGAAGAGGAGAAGGCUUAUGCUGAGGCGUUGUGGAGCCAGGUUGAGUCAUCCUCCCUCAGCUCCUGACAACUACUUAUGUCGUUUGAGAAAAUGACGAAUUUACCUUUGUGUCUGUAUUACUGUAUGUAACUAUUGUUGUUUGUAACAAAAUUAAAAUUUGGGGAAAAUAAUACUCUAAAAUUACUUUCUUAA